AUGGCCACCACCGAGCCCCAAAUUGUUUUGUAUGAUGUGGCCUGCAUCAAAAAUGUCUGCUUCUCUCCUGUUGUCUGGCGUAUCCGCUUCAUGCUCAACUAUAAGAAUAUUCCCUAUAGGACUGUGUUCCUCGAAUUCCCAGAUAUUGGGCCUACCCUAAAAGGGCUUGGCUUUGGUGAAUCUGCUCCGGGACCAAACUAUAAAUACACAGUCCCAGCCAUACAGCAUGUGCCGACGGACACACGUCUGAUGGAAUCAGCCACUAUCGCGGAGUUCCUCGAGUCUACCUACCCGGACCCCCCCGUGCCAUUGACGUCGGAGCUAGGCCGCCAAAUCGAGGAUCAAGCGCGUGCUGUGGUCGGUAAGACAUUUCAAGCCUCUGUUAUGCCGCGCGAGAUAAACAUCCUAUCUCCACCCGCGCAAGAGUACUUCCGGCGUACGCGUGAGGCAUUGAUCGGACAUCGGCUGGAGGAUCUGCUCGACCUGGACAAGGAAGAGCAGAGUUGGGACGCCCAAGCUGAUAGAAUUAGUGCUGUUGGCGAGAUUAUGCGCACAAAUAAAGCCGACGGGCCAUUUGUGCUGGGUUCCCGACCGAGUUAUACAGACUUCUUUAUUGCCGGUUCCCUCCAGUCUGUGAGGGAGAUAGAUGAGGGCGUGUUCCAGAGGAUUUCCAAGUACCCUGGCUUUGGGGACAUUUAUGAGGCUUGUGUGCCGUUUAUGGGAAAGAGGGACUAA